UUUCUCUACUGCCGAUUUCGAAAUGAAUGAGCGAUGUUCCUACGUGAAUUCGUGUAAUCACGGAUUCUUUUUAGCCGCGUGACGCACAGGUUUCCAGUCGUACAGCACAAGCCAAAUUACAGGGCACACCGAUAUCUCACUCUAUGAACAUUCUAGAACUUCCAGUUCUUUUUUUAUCACUCUAUUAAAAAAUACAGCUGCUACCAACGGUGUAUUUUAUAUGCUUGCAAACAAUAUACACUGCGCGACACCGUUAGCGACAACUUUGGUGCUUUUGCGCAUUUUACCUCCAUAAAGUACUGGCGGGAAUGAAAAUUUAUCGCUUAGGUUAGUACUCGAACUGAGAACUUUCUACCACUGAUAGUAGUUUUGAUGGCUGUUUUUCGAUUCUUAGAGACAAACAUAAAAAAACGGCACUGUUAGCGCGACACUGUUCGCGCUAACAGUGUCGCGGAGUUUUGCAUUCUAUAGACUCCGCCCUUGUGAACAGUGUUCUCUCGCAGGAAAGCCUUCUCCGUCCAGCGGCGACUUCAGGCUAAAGAGGAGGUCACUCAUAUUGAGCACGGAAUGUCCACACCGAUGUCUUCUUCGGUGGCGACGGAUGACACAGUCUCUGCGAUGGCCAUGACUCCGAUCCGGGUGUCUGGUGGCAACAAGACGGACAUCCUGCUGAAGACUUUGCGAAAAUUCCUCUGGUGUCUCGCCCUGAGCUUGCUGGUUCCGUCGCUGGCGUUCCGGCUGACCAGCGCGUUGCUGUGCUGGGGCAAAGACAGGGACCAGGUGGUCGUGCUUGACAACCUGAUGACCAUGGUGCGUGAGGUCGUCGCUAUCGUUUCCGGAGCCAUCUACUGCUUCAGACCACCACCAGACCUUGAGCGUCCCGAGAGGGACAGCUUGAGCCGUCGUCUUCGUGUUUCUUGCUACCUGGAGCUAGUGGCGUACGCCUUGCUCUAUAUUCCACACUUGUUCCUGACCCUCCUGUGGAACAACAGCGAGGCCAUCCUGACCAUGCUCUUCCUCUGCGUCGACGUGGAGCACCUGGACCAUGGCACCUUGUCCAAGGCCAUCUUCGUCGGAGACUACAUCGGGUUUAUGGCUGCCAACGCCCUCAUCUCCUGGUUGGCUCUGCAAUACGCCCUGGGCCUGGCAGCCCUACGAGUCGAGCUCCUGAGCCAACCACGGUGUUCCCUUACGUCGAUGUUCAGACGUCGGAGGAGGUUGGCCAGACACUUCGCGUUUCCGUUGCUUCUCUGGUGCUGCAACACCGCCGUGGGCUUCACGGUGGCGCUUCGACAGUCCAUGCACUCCAUCAACAUCACCGGACAGCUGUCAGCACUCCUGCUCUACUCAAUCUUCCAGAUCCUCAAGCUCUGCUUCUGA